CGCGCGGCGGCCCCGGAAGUGGCCGUUAACCUCCGCCUGAGGUGCCGCUCGCCGCCAUGAGCAGUGGCGCUGGGGGGAGCAGGAGGAGGAGGGUUGCCCGCCUUAGCCCUCUGUCUUCUGACAGCUCUGAGGGCGAGGAGCCCCUCAGUUCCUCCGUCUGCUCCCCGCUCUCUCCCGCGUUCCGCCUCAGCUCCCCCAGCGGCGAGGAGGAGGAGGAGGAGGAGGAGCGGGCGGCGGCCUGCCUGAGCCGGAAGGUUGAAGACUCUGAGGUAGUAGGGGAAAAAGAAGAGUCGCCUUUGAAAGAUAAUCUUUCACCAUGGGAAAAAUGGUUCAUUGGCAAAGAAAAGGAGCUACGUGCCCGCUUACAAGCUAGAGCUGUAGAGGAAAUGAAUAUACAGCUUGAAAAGAUGAAGCAAAAGCAAGAAUGUGAAAAGAGGAAAAGAAUAGCUGAAGAGAAGCACAAGGAAUGGGUCCAAAAAAAAAGAGAAGAGGAAAGAAGGGAAAAGGAACGAAAGUUGAGCAAAGAAAUGGCAGAAAAGGCCACAAGGGAACUAGAAAAAAUGCAGUUACAGGAAAAGGCUGAAGUAAAGUAUAAAGAAUGGUUAAAGAAGAAGAGAGUUGAAGAGGCAGAAAAGAAGAAGAAAGAGAAGGAAAAAGAAAAAGAAAGGGAAGCUGAACUGCAGGAGAAGAAAGAGAGAUCAGAGAAGAUCUUUAAGGAAUGGCUACAGAAUGCUAGAAAUAAGCCAUGUCCUGUUUUAAAUGGUUAUGGCUUCCCACGUGGGAAGUCUACAGGUUUGUACUCCUACUACACAUAUGUAGUGACGUAGGUUUAUGGUUCCUUCCCUCUAAUCUUGUAAUGUAAAAUGAAGCCUGAUGAAGAUUUUUAUUCAGUAUUUAAUUUGAUACAUGGAAAUGAAUAAGGUAUAAGUUGGAGUAGCUUUUACUCUGAGACUCUUUGUGAAUUUUUCAGAGCCCAUCAUGGUUUCUAGGAGGAAAAGGAUACUAUUUGAGAGAAUAGUCUAGCAUACCAAAUUAUAAUGGAUUUUUAUGUCAUCUUCCUUGUCAGACAUAGGAACCACUAGAGCAAAUCACUAGUAUCUGUGAAGUGCAUCAGUUAUCUGGGCAUUCUUGUAAGUUAGUGUUUAUGUUACAGUAGCUGUGGGUCAGCUUAUCGCACCUGAAUCUCCCUUAGAAAAGAGGUAUUUUUGUGUGAUGCAAAGGUUAAUAAGCUGAGAGAAGUCCUAUCUGAAAAAGAAGAUAUGGAAAUCAACCUGUAUUCUGAGCUCUGGUUUCCUUUCAAUUUAGCUUUGUUAAAAGCAAUGCUGUUGAUAGUGUGGUGUUGGUAAGUCUUACGUUAUUUUUGUAUUUCUUGUCAUCCUACAUGGUACAAAUUCAGAAAAGCAGUAAGAAAUAGUACUGCAUUUUACACUUGAGUGCUUACUUAAAUUUUCUUUAAAGAUAUAUCUAUACUUUUGUUUGGGUUUUUUUCAUAGAAUUAAAAUCAUUGUUACUUGAAUUCAUAACAGAAAAUAUUUUAGCACCUAAAUUCCAGGCUCUUUAUAUUUAAGAAAAUGUAUAAAGCAGGUGAACAACCUUUGCUCUUUUGCUUACAUGUGUUUAUAGAAGGUGAUACACUUUGCCUUUGUGUUUUGUUUUGGACCUUCAUUACUUCCUGACAACUGCAAUCACUUCUUCAAGUGAUUUUUUUUUUAAAUUUCUAUAUUCAGACGUGUUUAUGCAAUAAAAUUUAUUAUAGACUUUGUUUUACCCUACCACAUGAUAUAUGCACUGAAAUUUCACUACAGACUAAUGACUGAUAGGGCAACAUAUUCUUUCUGUUGCAUUCUAGGUUUUCUGAUAUUGCUUUAUGGGCCUGAAGUUAUUAGCUGCAGAUUGUUAAUGUAUAUGUGGAUAAUUAGUGUAUUUUUCUCUUCAAUAAAAUGAAGAAUAACAGUUAAGCAAAGAUGGAAAAAUACGUGAGCUUAGCAUAUAUGGUGACAGGAAGUUAUGUUUAUACAUGCUUUGGAAUAAUGCAAAGUAGCGAAUUUGUAGAAAUUUACAGCUUUCAAGUAUACAAAGGGCUGAGCAUUCUGACUGUUACACAAUAUUUGACCACUUAUUUUUUUAAAUGGAGAUGAAGAAUAUGCCAGUUAUUGGUAAAAAAAGAAAAAGAUGGUAGAUCUAUUGCUUUGAAUCACUUAAAUUGUGAUGGGCCUAUGCUGUCUUCCUCUGAGCAUGCUGUUGUGUCUGUCUUAGUGUAGAUGAUUGUUAUAACUGCUUGCAUUGUAAAGCUUGUAGUAUAAAUAUUCCUUUUUAGUUAUGUGUAUUUUCUAAACA